CCCAGCAGCCUUCAUUAUGUUUUUAUCUGAAAAGUGUCUCUUACGUAAUCUGCUGCUUUCUUUACUGACAUACAAACAUUUCUCUGUAGCAUUUGAUUUUGUGCUGGAAAACUGAUGUUUGGAAUCUAACAUGUUUUUGUACUGACUCCAUAAUGUAGAAAUCAUAAAAUAAAAAUCAAUAAAAAGGUUUGUACUAAAAAAAAAAAAAAAAUAGAGUGUACUAAAAAAAUAGGGACUUUUGCACAGUACUGUACAUCCAAUUUUUUUGUAAUAUUGUAUUCUUCUGUCUCCAAGCUAAUUAGUCCUGUCUUCUUCACAGUUUUGCAGCCGUUCACAGAUGCUUUGUGAAAAUUGGACUCAACACCAUGUUGGUUAGCCAGCUGCUCUUGCCUGUGUACAUCCUUACCUUCCUGAUAGGGCUUCCUGCCAACAUCCUCGCAUUCUGUACCUUCUGCCGCAAGGUCCACCGCAAACCUGCCCCCAUCGACAUCCUCCUCCUGAACCUCACAAUCUCUGACCUCAUCUUCCUCACCUUCUUACCCUUCAAGAUGAAAGAAGCUAUUGAUGACAUGAUUUGGAAGAUGCCAGACUACCUGUGCCCCCUCAGCAGCUUUAUGUUCUUCUCUACUAUUUACACCAGCACACUUUUCCUGACAGGAGUUAGCAUUGAACGCUACCUGGGUGUUGCUUUUCCAAUCCAAUACUCUGUUUACCGCCGGCCAUGCUACGCCGUGAUUGCCAGCCUGUUCUUCUGGCUUGUUGGCUCUCUGAACCUCAGCAUUGUCUACAUUGUGCCAUUUUUGCCUUCGAAGAACAGCAGUGAUGGUCACAGUCCAAACUGCAGUAUGAUGCAACCCUCAGAAAUGAAAUGUUACAGCAACUUUACCCAAGAGCAGCUCAGUAUUCUGCUACCAGUGCGCCUGGAGCUCUUUGUGGUACUCUUCUGCAUUCCCUUCAUUAUUUGUGGCUUCUGCUACAUCAAUUUCAUUCAAAUUCUCUCCCGGUUGCCUCACAUCAGUCGGCGCCGCAGGCUGAGGGCUAUCGGACUGGCCCUUGGAACUCUGGUGGUGUUUGCUGUCUGUUUCGGUCCCUAUAAUGCCUCACACGUGGUUGGGUUCGUCCGAGCAGAGAGUGAGGACUGGAGAGAACUAGCUUUGAUCUCCAGUACUUUAAAUGCCUGCCUAGACCCCAUUAUCUUCUACUUCUCGUCUGCAGCAGUACGAAGUGCAAUCAGUGGCUUUGUGAAAGGAAUGAAGGAGAAAGGUCAUGUACUGAAGUGUGGGAAGAGUCAGUGUUGCCCCAUGCUGGCCUCUGAGACUGAGAAAUAUAGAAACACACCUCCACCUGACAACCAGAGACAUUCCUUAGGACAACUGGAAUUAGCAGUUGCUCUACAGCUAUAAAAACAUUCAUUGCUGUUUUAACUGCAUGACCCCUCACUAUUGUACUAUUGUAUGAAUGAUUUUAAUGAGGAUUAAUGUAAAGAAAAUUUCCAAAAUAUGCAGCUGCCUGGACAUCAUCUCAUAUGUGCACAUAUAUUGUAUAUGCAGGCUGUUCGGGGGCUUCCCAACCCUCCACUGCCUUAUCAUCCUUUUGUUUACAAAUGACUGAUAACUGAAAAACUGGCUAGUUUUCAACCAUGAUCUAACAUUUGUUCUUUAACAUUUUUUUUUUUUUUUGGUUUAACAUUGCUUCCGAUGGGUUUUCACACACAAAGAUUAAUGAGCUCUGUUUGCUAGCAGGAGCUGUUGCAUCAACUUGCCAUGUUUUCUUUAUUCAGCAUGGCCUUUAGCAGAAUGUAGGCUUGAUAUCUACUAUAUUGUAUGCUGUAUAUUCGCAACCAUACAUCGAUAAGAACUGGAAGAAGUGACUGGAAGAAGUGGAGCCAAGAAAAUUCAACCUUCUACCUGAGAAUGUGAUUCGCGUGGUCUCUUGACCUACGUUUGUUUUAAGUUUUAAAUAAAUGUGAUAUCCUCUGACUGAUAUGUCUUGCAAAGUAGAAUGUUUCCAGCUUUUCUAACAUGAAAAGGAAAACAAUUUUCACACUUUUUUGUUGGUAGAUCCAGAGACGGAGUUAAGGAGUGGCUUGGGGUGUAACGCCUGAAAUAUACCAUAUG